AUUACUAAUCCCUACAAUGCUUACGAGCAAGAAAUUACUUCUUUCUUUCCUCCUCAUUUGCAUGGUGGUGACACCACUAUCGACUAAGGCGACGACGAUUACAUGCAACACAGUAACCGAUAAAAUAAAACCAUGCCUUACUUAUGUGAUGUCUGGUGGACAUGUGUCGAAAGAAUGUUGCAACUCUUGCAAAUCAUGUUUAGGUAACGCGACUACCAUCUUAGACCGCCAAACUCUCUGUUCAUGUGUAAAUGACAUUCUCUCCACCAUCACCAAAAAACAAAUCAAUCGUAUCACAAGUAUCCCCGAAAAAUGUGGUGCCAAGUUUCCUUUCAAAAUUAGUAAGGAUGUUGAUUGCUCAAAGGUAUAUUGAAGAAAAAGAGGUUGAUAUAUGAUAAAAGAGUGGUUUUAGUGAUUACUCUUUCUAUAUGUACAUAAUAAAUAAAAAUGAUGUUUUCCUUGUUGUGGUUUAUGUGUAACUAAAGUAUAUUUGAGGGAUCACCUCAAAUAUAUUUUGCUAUGUAGUUUAAUUAUCCUUAUGAAGAAUAAAAUGGGACCCUCAUAGUUCUA